CACUCCCUAUGAUAGGUCAAACCGUCCCUGGCAGCUCCCCAGUGCAAACUGGGGAGCAGUGCAAAAUUCCAUAGGAAGGAAAAAGGAGUUGCUGCUCUGGCGAGCCUUCCCACAAUCGGGUCCAGAGGGAACAUCUCGUACGUGCAUUCUUAGAAUAUCCUGUCCACUACUUGGAUUGAGGGCUUUUGCUUCCCUCCCCUCAUUGCUUCCUACCCCUGCUGCGACGUGCAACAGGAUUUCAGCCCGUAGGCACAGAACACCCCCUGGGAAGAUGUGGGGGGACAGAGAAUCGGUCCUUGCUCUUGUCGUUGUCGCAGCUCUUCAUGGCACAUUAAACGGUGCAAAAGAACUGGAUAUGGCCGUGGAUUCAGUGGACGACCGGUAUAAUGGAUGCCGUGCCGAUACCCUGAAGGGACUGCCUGACCAGCUGAAGGUUGAGCUGGCCGCCAGCCCAGAGUUCAAAGUGGCCUGGGAAACCAAAAGGGGUUGUAAUGCGGUUGUGCCCGGAGGCCUACCGGAGCACAGCCAGGCGCUGCGGGCCUACUUAAACGCAGAGGAAGCAUUCAAGGACCAGUUUAACAACGCUGUGGCAACCAUGGGCGGCAAUCACAGCUUCCCCUUCUAUUCCCUCCACUUCCUGCUUACGGACGCGAUGACGUUGCUGUCAGGGAAGGGGGGCACGAAGAGGACCGUGUACAGCGUAUCUCGGCAGUUAUACACCUCGAAGAAGGGCGCAAAGGUGAAGUUGGGCGGAUUCACGUCAGCCUCCAAGGAUAGAUCGCUGCUGAUGGAGGACCCUGAUUUGGAGGGAGGGGUUCUGUUCAGCAUCACGACCUGCCUCGCGGCCAACCUGGAGAUGAAAUGCGAGGACGUCGAUACGCUCCUGUUGCCCGCUGAAGAGUUUACGGUGGAGGACAUCCACAAGGUUGAUGACGGGGAGUACUACAGCCACACCAGCAUCACUCUGAAGCAUUCCGGUUUUUCCUCUAAACACAACUGUUACUUACCUCCUCGGCUCCAGAAAAGUUCCUCCACCAAAGUCGUUGGCUGCAUAUGGGCGGUGUACCUAACGGUUGCUCUCUUCGGCCUGUUAAAAUAGUCCUCAAACACACUUUUCCAUGGAGGAAAGGAAGCUGGGGGGGGGGGGUUAAAUUGGUUUAUUCUCCUUGGACAUACCAAGAAUUGAACUCGAUCGGGGGGGGGAGGAACCGAUGAUGAUGCGUUGCGCAUUUUUCAUCACCCUCCGCAAUGCUUCCCGGUCAGAGACAUAACAUCGCUGUUGAUCUUCCCUGUAGUCAGACUGCUUUCUGAUGUCUCCUCCGCACGCUCCCCCCACAUGUUAUUCUCUAUAGGCUGGAUAUCGUCCCCUCCCUGGAACACAUUUUAUCAUGUUUGUCAUGGAUUAUGCUAUUAUGUUGGGUUGUGAGCAAACACACCCUAAAAGUGUAAGGCGAUAGAAGUUAUAUGACGAUGGAAGGGGUGAAGAGAGAGAGAGCGCUCAAAUGUUGCCAAUGAUCUUUGACCCCCUGUUCCUGAGUCUUUGUUUAGCUGGGCGCCUGGUCAAGGCUGUGUGAGUGGAGAUUACACUGGAAAGAAUUCAGGAGCUCAGAGAGAUGAGGGGGAAGUGGGAGAAGUGGUUGGUAAAAAGCCUUUGUAUAAGGUUUCAAUCAUCCACAAACUUGCUUAUUUCAGGAUCACAAAGACAGAUUAGUCGAAUAUUGAAUCAAUCUCAAUAAUGUUGCUUUAUAAAAUUCAUUGACCUAAAAGAAAGAUGUGGUAAAGUGU